ACAGUUCAACUCCCGACGAGCAGCGGAGAGGAGGACCCGGUCCGAGGCACAGGCUCCUUCCGAAGAUGUGAAGACAAACAGCGGCGCCGCGACUCCGUAGCAGCUCGUUUUACACGUCCCCAGCAGCCAGAAGAGCUUUUUGUAGUAAAUGCACUUUGCAGCAGUGCCACACUCGCGCUUUGCUUUUUUUAAAAAUAAAUAAAUAAAUAAAUUGAAGCGUUUGUGAGCGAUCGCUAUGGCAGUUCAGUUCACAUCCGGGCCACAAUGCCUUGACUCCAUUAUUGUCUAAAACUGGCGGAGAGGUUGAUAAACCUUGUUGGGGUUUUUUUUUUUUUUUUUUUAAACAUUUAACAACACAUUUUUACUACGUGCAGUGAAGGCUGGACCCGAGAGGAGAUGUCUAACCAAGGAGUCCGGCGGAAUGGCCCUGUGAAGCUGCGACUAACAGUCCUCUGCGCCAAAAACCUGGUGAAGAAAGACUUCUUCCGCCUCCCUGAUCCCUUUGCCAAGGUUGUUGUGGACGGUUCAGGGCAAUGCCACUCCACAGACACUGUGAGGAACACACUUGACCCCAAGUGGAAUCAACACUACGACCUAUACAUUGGGAAAUCAGAUUCUAUCACCAUAAGCGUGUGGAAUCACAAGAAGAUUCACAAGAAGCAAGGGGCUGGGUUCCUGGGCUGUGUCCGCCUUCUGUCCAACGCUAUCAACCGCCUUAAGGACACGGGCUGUAAGUACCAGAGACUAGACUUGAACAAGCUGAGUCCCAAUGACAGUGACACAGUCAGGGGCCAGAUAGUGGUGAGCCUGCAGUCUAGGGACCGGAUAGGCACAGGAGGCCCUGUGGUGGACUGCAGUCGGCUGUUUGACAAUGAUCUUCCAGAUGGCUGGGAGGAGAGGAGGACAGCGUCUGGACGAAUCCAGUACUUGAACCACAUCACACGCACCACACAGUGGGAGAGGCCUACCAGGCCUGCAUCAGAGUACUCCAGCCCCGGCCGGCCUCUCAGCUGCAUUGUGGAUGAAAACACGCCCAUCAGCACAAACGGGGCCACGCCCACCACAGCAUUGCCGCCCAGUGGCGGUGACCAGAGGGCGCAAGAGAGACGGGUCCGCUCCCAGAGGCACCGCAACUAUAUGAGUAGAACCCACCUGCACACGCCCCCCGACCUUCCUGAGGGAUAUGAGCAGAGGACCACGCAGCAAGGCCAAGUGUACUUUCUCCACACUCAGACAGGUGUCAGCACGUGGCAUGACCCCAGAGUACCAAGAGAUCUGAGUAAUGUGAAUUGUGAGGAACUCGGUCCUUUACCUCCUGGAUGGGAGAUACGGAACACGGCCACCGGGAGGGUUUACUUUGUCGACCACAACAACCGAACCACGCAGUUCACAGACCCGCGCCUCUCCGCCAACCUGCAUCUAGUGCUAAAUCCAAGCCCCAAUGGUUCUCGAGGAGGCAUCGAGAGUCAGAAUGUCAGUCGUCAGAACCAGUUGAAGGAUCAGGCCCAGCAGGCUCUGGUGUCCCCUGGUCAGCUCCCAGAGGAGGCAGAGUGCCUCACAGUGCCCAAGUACAAGAGAGACCUUGUUCAGAAGCUCAAGAUCCUCCGCCAGGAACUGUCCCAGCAGCAGCCUCAGGCUGGCCAUUGCCGCAUCGAGGUGUCCCGUGAGGAGAUCUUUGAGGAAUCGUAUCGCCAAGUGAUGAAGAUGAGGCCGAAGGAUCUAUGGAAAAGGCUAAUGGUGAAGUUCAGAGGAGAAGAGGGGCUCGAUUAUGGAGGAGUGGCCAGGGAGUGGCUCUAUCUGCUGUCCCAUGAGAUGCUGAACCCUUACUACGGCCUGUUCCAGUACUCCCGUGAUGACAUUUACACACUGCAGAUAAACCCAGACUCUGCUGUCAACCCUGAGCACUUGUCAUACUUUCACUUUGUGGGCCGUAUCAUGGGGAUGGCGGUGUUCCAUGGCCACUACAUAGACGGAGGUUUCACUCUACCGUUCUACAAACAGCUGCUGGGAAAACCCAUCACCCUGGACGACAUGGAGUCUGUUGACCCUGACCUGCACAACAGCCUUGUGUGGAUCCUGGACAACGACAUUACAGGUGUGCUGGACCACACCUUCUGUGUAGAACACAAUGCCUAUGGAGAGAUCAUCCAGCACGAGCUUAAGCCAAACGGCAAGAGCAUCCCCGUCACCCAGGACACCAAGAAAGAGUACGUCCGGCUCUACGUCAACUGGCGUUUUCUGCGAGGCAUAGAGGCCCAGUUCCUGGCUCUGCAGAAGGGCUUCAACGAGGUCAUCCCCCAGCACCUGUUAAAGGCUUUCGAUGAGAAGGAGCUAGAGUUGAUUGUAUGUGGCCUGGGCAAAAUCGACAUAAACGACUGGAAGUCCAACACACGGCUCAAACACUGCACCCCAGACAGCAACAUUGUGAAGUGGUUCUGGAAAGCCGUGGAGUCCUUCGACGAGGAGCGCAGAGCCCGGCUGCUGCAGUUCGUCACGGGCUCCUCCAGAGUUCCCCUACAAGGCUUCAAGGCCCUCCAAGGUGCUGCCGGCCCACGGCUCUUUACCAUCCACCAGAUUGAUGCCAGCACCAACAACCUGCCCAAAGCCCACACAUGUUUCAACCGUAUUGACAUUCCUCCCUACGAGCACUAUGACAAACUGUACGACAAGUUGCUCACUGCCAUCGAGGAGACGUGCGGCUUUGCUGUAGAGUGAGUCACUGAUGCAGGCAGAGCUCAGCAACAACCAGAAGCAACAUGGUUCGGCCAUGAUGAGCCUCCCCCUACAAAUCAGUCCACUCAGACUGGGGGUCAUCCAUGGUUGCUUCACCCGGGGACGCCCAUACUUCCCGGGGAAAAUGUGGCCAAGCUAAGGGAGGGUGGGCAGAGAAGACCAGAAAAUGUCAUCUUAAGCUGGGUUUUUCUUUUUAAGACCCUCCAGCCCUCCAUUAUGUCUUUUUUUUAAUCAUCGAAAAGGAUCUCUUCAGCUGCUAAUAACUCAAGACUAUUUACUAACUUGUGGAACCUGCAAAAUAUGCCGGCUCUUCCCUUUUUUCUAAGUUAAUUUUAGCAUUUAAAAAAUAGACUGUAUUCCAUGUAGCAAUGCUCCAUCUUACCAAGCAGAACACAAGGUCAGUCCUCUCUGAUACAACAUUAACAGUACAGGGUUAUUAAUGGUUACCACAACCACUUGGAAACACUAAAAUUUGGAUGCAGAAUGUGCACUACUCGGGCUGUUUGGUGCCUCAGAGUGAUCACACUGGGGCUAUCAGCAUUGCCAAGGCUGGAAAAACGGGGACGUGUGCGGAUAAGAAGACUAGAGACUGAAUUAGCCCGACUGUUUACAACCCUCUCCAAAGACAGCAGCAGGGACCUCUGCUCCUGAGUCGCAACUCGAGCUGCAUUCCCAGAAACCUAUUUCACACGUUCGACAGCUAGUUUUGUUUGAAAAUGAAUAAAUGAAUGAAUAGCUUGAAAUGUGUUAUUUUUCUAUAACAGGGAAAAUUGAAAAAGAAACAAUAAAAUUCUAUAUAAUAUAUAUAAUUUAUUGCUGUUAUAUUUCAGAAACCCCUUUCCAUUGUUCCAGAAAAAUAAAAUCUUUUAAUGUUAAGUGUUUAAAUUAUAGACGACAAUUUGUGAAAACAGAACUAAGCUUAACUGGGUUUCACUUACGAAUGCUGUGGUUUAUUUCUUGACGGAACCUCUCUCAUACUGAACAAGGAGAGGUUUCCCUUAAAGAGCAAAAAAUCCUAAAUACACAAUUUCCUCCGAGUGCCAUAAUCAUUUUGAAUGAAUGAAUCUUUGCAAUUAUUGAGCAGACCCUUUAAAUUCUACUGAUUUCAUCCUGGAGCUACAUAUGUUGGUGUGAUGUUUCCUUUUCUAUUGCCCAGUUGGUCACUUGUAGUUGGCUGUAUUACUGUCACUAGCAUGAAAACCUACCAUUAAUUUCUAAUGGUAUCAGAAGAGUCCAAAGUACAUCAUAAUCUAUUGUGUGCUGCCUCCACAUUGUUGUUGUUGUUAAAAAAAAAAAAAAGAAAAACCUCUACUACCUUCUAGCCAUGUGGUGCUAAAUAGCAUUAACGUUUGUCUUAUAUUGGCAACCUUGCUCAUCGACAUACUACUGCUUAAGGUGCACAACACACUACUCGUGCUCAUACCUGUUUGUGGCCACAAAACAUGUCCAAGAAACCAAGAGCUCUACCUAGCCACAUUCUCAGGAGAUGUCAUAUGUAGUUUGUUAAUGUCCUUUUGAUUUGACGACUGACGAGAAACUAAUUCUGACCGUUUGUCUUGAUUUCCUGAAUGUUAAGGGGUUAAAAAGUCUCGUCGUUUAAAUAGUUUUGCCCACGGGGAGACCGUUAACACACAGUAAUCGUUGCAUGUGUCCAUAUGUGCUUUUGGUUGAAAGGGAACUGAAUGAGAUGAACUCCUGUUUUAGCCUGCUACACAGUCCCAUCAGUGGUGUUUUUAUUUAGAGAAAGGGGGAUUGUUUUCUACGAUUGAAAAUGAAAUUCUUGAAUGUUUUCAAAAGAUGCUGCCUGUCUAGCAAUCUCUAUGACCGUGGACUGUUCUUAACGUUUGCAUACACACACACAAAAAAAAACAUGUUCAUUUUCAUUCUUUUAUGUGGACUAAUGUGUAUGCAAAGUGAAAAGUGUCCUCAGAUGGUGCUUUGUACAGUAAUAAGAUAUUGUUCAUAUGUGUGGAUCAAACAACCUGUAAUUUAUCUUUAACUUAAGUAGAAAAAGAUUUUGUUGAAAUGAAAAGAGGAAUUGCACACAAACAGAAAAGAGGUUGCCACGUGUACUUAAUGGUGACUUCUGUAACAGAUAUUCAUUCGCCUUUAAGUCCAGUGCACAAGCUGAUCGCCCUACUGUCUGUUCCUACACUACAUCGCUCAGCAUCGCCCCGUAGCUGCUGCCUCUCGUUGAACUGAACUUUUUAUGAAACAAGUCAAAGUUGAGAGAUGCCGCUCUUGUUUUUUUCUUUUUUUUUUGUUCUGUUUUUUAAUAGCAUGAUCCACUAGCAGGACUAUAUCUCUCAUAGCUGACUGAUGCAAUUUGAUGUAUGUUAACACUAUCAUUUUGUAAGAGUAUUUUAUUUUUGUGUGUAAUUAGUUCUAAUUAAACUUGCCUUUGUCUAACAAUGUAAGGCCUUGUACAAA